GAAGUUGACUAAGAGUGGGUUUUGAAUCUGAUUAAAUUAAUUAGCCACAUCUGCAUAUAUGAUCAAAGUGAUGAUGAAUGAUAAUUUUAUUCGUCAGUGAUGGAGUUUACAUCCCCUUUGUAUACCUUAGCUGGUGUUCCUCAAGGUGUUGUUCUUUCUCCUUUUCUGUUUUCUUUUUUCUUACAUGACUUGCCUCAUUCUGAUGUAGCCACUUUUGUUAAGUAUGCUGAUGACCUCUCUGUUUCUAUGCCUGUCAACUCUCAGUCAGAUUGUUCCGAAUUAAAUAACUUUCUGUUAGAAAUUAGUCGGUGGUCCUCUUCAAACGGUCUUAAGCCAAAUCCGUCUAAAUUCCAGGUAGUCAAUUUCACUUUCGGGCGAAAACGUGACCUACAACAACUAGUUGGCUCACAUGGCCCCACUAUCAUUGACGGCAUAGAGGUUGAAAAUACAUCUAAUGUCAAGUAUCUUGGGCUGAGUUUUUCCACCGAUCUUUCCUAGUCCUUCCCACAUCUUGCUAGUUACUAGAAAGAUGUUUCGCUUAACGUUCUACAUUAGGAAAUUUAGGCACUUUUUGGCAUAAAGCAGUCUUUGCUUUCUGAGUUUGUCAAUUCUUGUAUUCUACCCAUCCCCCUUAUUGCAAUAUAUUGUAAUUCAUGCUGAAAAUUCCAU